AAGAAACGGUGAGCGUGCAAUUCAACUGCUGAAGGGUUUUAACUUCAUCACUGAAAAAUAAAUUGAAUGCCAUGCACCACACAGCUUCACCAGAGCUCCAUUUGCCAGAACCAGUCUGUUUCCACCUCCCACGACAAGGACGAGGGGUUGGAUUUUGGGAGGCAUGAAGGCCAACAAUGUAGGCAAAAAAAAAAAAAAAAAAAGAGGGUUACAUCUGUGGAUCUGAAAAAGAAAAAGAAGACAUGGCUGUCAGCCACACAUGAUUUGACUUUCCAUACUGAGUAAAUAACACAAUUUUCACUUACUGUCGGUUGGUAGAAACAUGGUUAAAGAGGGCUAGCUGGCUUGUUGUUGCAGGAGUUCCAAUUUAGCCCUCCUAUAGGCCAUAACCUCCUGAUGAUGUUGGCCUUGCUGCUCCUUCAGGGCUCUCAGUUCUCUCCUGAUUCCCUGGAGUUCAGAUAAUUUCUUCUUCUCCGACUGAAGCAGCUUCUCACUGCAGCCACAACGUCCCCUGUUUCUCCUUUGGUGGGAGAUUAAUGGCUGGUUUUCUGGAAUGCCAGAACGACGUUGCCCAGCACAUGAGGAGGCCUCAGACUGAGGGGAGUCAGGAGAAGGGAGCAAUAGCCCAAGACCAGGACUCAUUGCUGAUGUUACAGGGGCAGGUUGAAGGGGUUCUGAUGUUACAGGGGCAGGUUGAAGGGGGCCUGAUGUUAGAGGGGCAGGUUGAAGGGGUUCUGAUGUUACAGGGGCAGGUUGAAGGGGGCCUGAUGUUAGAGGGGCAGGUUGAAGGGGUUCUGAUGUUACAGGGGCAGGUUGAAGGGGGCCUGAUGUUAGAGGGGCAGGUUGAAGGGGUUCUGAUGUUACAGGGGCAGGUUGAAGGGGUUCUGAUGUUACAGGGGCAGGUUGAAGGGGGCCUGAUGUUAGAGGGGCAGGUUGAAGGGGUUCUGAUGUUACAGGGGCAGGUUGAAGGGGGCCUGAUGUUAGAGGGGCAGGUUGAAGGGGUUCUGAUGUUACAGGGGCAGGUUGAAGGGGGCCUGAUGUUAGAGGGGCAGGUUGAAGGGGUUCUGAUGUUACAGGGGCAGGUUGAAGGGGGCCUGAUGUUCCAGGGCCAGGGUGGAAGGGGCCUGAUGUUCCAGGGCCAGGGUGGAAGGGGCCUGAUGUUCCAGGGCCAGGGUGGAAGGGGCCUGAUGUUCCAGGGCCAGGGUGGAAGGGGCCUGAUGUUCCAGGGCUCAACUUUGAAUUCAAAGGCCUGGUUGACGCACAUGCAUCUAUGCCUCCAGGGAUCCCUUCCAAUGCCUCAGGCCCCAGGAUGGCCAAAACUUUCUCUUCCUCUGCAGUCAGAGGAGGAACGGAGUUGAUACCCCCACCAGUCUUUUUUGCUUCCCUUCUACGUGCUGCAGCCCUCCGUUUUGUCACACUUGCGAAGUCCGUCCAGUUUUUUCUAACU